UGGAAUUAUUGUUGGUUUAAAUAUUUGGAAAAGGUGUAAAAGUUCCCUUGGAAAUGUCAAAUGGACAAGGCCAAGAAAAAUCCCAUUCAAUGGCGACAGAGGAACCUAACGCUUCGGUAGAUAUGAACCAAACUCUAAAUGAUAAUAUUGAUAAGUCAUUGAAGUCAAUAAAUAGCAACCAAAACGGAUCUAAUGGCGACAAUCAGAACGUGAACAGGGUGACAAAUGAGAGUGAAGAAUACAAAAGUCAAUCGGAAGAAUUAUCCACUAGAAACGUCCCGUCUAAUGCAGUAUCAGGUGAACAUUUAUCACAGCUUUCGGAUUCACAAAAGUUAAAUACCGAGGAUAAUGUCGCCCCUCAAAACAAUAAUGAAAAUCAGAAUAAUAGUGACAACAAUGGAAUUAACCAAAUAGGUAGCUUAAGUGGAAAUAGUACUGAGGAAUUAAGAGACGAAAAAACUGAAAGAGACGAAAACUUAUUCAAUCAGACUGAAAAAUCAGAUAUUGUAAAUGACAACGGCGAAAGUUCAACAAAAAGUGACAAAGAUAAUAAAGAAGAGGCGGAAAUUUUACAAGGUAACAAAGACGAAGGUGAUCAAUUAACUGAUAAAGAAAUCGAAGAACCAAAUACCUUUCUUACCAACCUUCCCGAUGACAACGGAACGGGGGACACUGCCGAUCAAGAUCGCGAAAUAGAAAACAACGAUAAUAAAUCACAGGAGAAUCCUACAGAAAGUGCACCGGAAAGUGCACGUCAAGAAAGUUCACCAGACAAAGAUUACUUUUAUGACGACCCAUCUCAAACGAGUGUACCUUGUGCAAAAUCAGAAGAAUCCGAAAAAGAGAGAGCUGAGGAAAUAAACAAGGCCGAUACAGAAGGAACAGGUGUCAAAGCGGAAUAUCUGACAACAGGACAACACCAACCACCCAAUGAAUCAACUGAUGAACUAGAUGGUAACGCAGGAGAGGUGAUUGAUUCGCUUAAAUUACAAUCUGAGCAAAAAGAAAACAUCCAAGAAGAAAUAAAGCAACCUGAAAUUGAACAUCAAGAAUUAGUGAACGACACACCAACGGCUCCUGAAACUAGAGAAGAGAACAGAAAAGAGGGAUCUUUAAGUGAGCAUGAGGAAGUAAUGAACAACACUCAGACGACCCCUGAAGAGGAAGGAGAGAACAGAAAAGAAGGGUCUGUAAGUGAUAAAUCGAAAGAGGAAAAGAAGGAGAGUUCUCAAAAAUCUAGUGUAUCUGAAGCUGAAAAUGAUAAUUCUUCAAGUUCGAGCACUAAGCAGGAUGAUACAUUAGCCGAUGUAGAUCCCCUUGAGACAAUUGCUGAAUCGUCCCCUAAACAAGAAAUAAAGACAGAAGGUAUGGAGUCAGAGGUAAAUAAGUCAGAAGUUGAAAAAUCGGCAGACGACAUUGCACUUGCUGAUGACGUGCCUAAACGUGGAGCUACUGAUGACACUGAUAAUGAAGCUGAUGAUUUAAAAUCCGAAGAAAUUGUGCAGACUAAGGAAGGUAAGAAUGAUACCGACGAUGUACCAAACAAUGAAAAGGAGGACAUGAAUGAAGAUCAUUCAGGCGAAAAAGAUGUUGAAAGCGAUGAUGACAAAAGUCUUCUAAAAACAAAUGAGGAAAAUGAGAAGCCCUCAGAUGAUGAUAUUGGAGAAAAUGAAAACGCAGAAAAGGAACAUGAAAGUGGAAAAUCUGACCCUGUAAAAGAAACUGUUGUUGACGAGGAAAAGAAGUCCGUUGAAGCGGAGGUACCUCUUCAAGAGGAGGAACCUCCAAGAGAAAAAACUCCAGAGCCUGAGCCUAUAAAAAUUACACGUAAUAUUGACAUCGACAAUGCAGUAACAGUCAUCAAAGAUACCGAGGGAAGUCUGAAAGAUCUAUUUAAUGAUAUGAAAGAACUCUUAACAAACUACCAAGACAGAGUAAAUUCACAGUCUCUUUCAGAUUUCACAAAUGAUCUGGAUAAGUUCAGAGGUGACUUUGAAUCUUUAAAGGAUGCUUUUAAAUAUAGUGAAGAACUUUUUCAUUAUCUCAACAAAACUUUGAAAGAUUUGAGAAUGUUGGGGGAUAAUUUGAAUUCACUUAUUCAAAAGAAGUUUCGAAUGGAGGACCUAACAGUUUGGUUAGAAUCUCCUGAAGAGAGAAUGGAAGAAAAAGAAAAAUUGAAGGAAGAGCGAAUAGCCGUCGAGAAAUCUGCGAUGGCAAAAGCUGCAGAGGCACGUGCCGCGAUUGCACGUGCAGCUGUAGGUGUGACAGAGUCUAGUUUAUACGCAGCUGAGGUGGAAGCAGAAGCUGCAGAGGCAGAGAGUGUCGCCAUGAGAGCAUGGGAAUCGGCGCAGAACGCCAGGAGAGACAUUGAAGAGGCCGAAAAAGCUGCUGCUGAAAAGCGAAAGGCUGAGGAAGAGGCGAGGAAAAGGGCAGAAGAAAGAGCCCAGAAGAAGGCUGAAGAGGAGAGACUUCGUCAAGAAGAGGAAAACAGGAGACUUCAAGAAGAGGCCGAAAAGAAGGGGACCUCAUUUGAAGAUGAAAAACGGCAAUUCCUGGAAGAAAAGGCGAGAAAAGAGGAGGCAAGAAAGAAUCCGAAAAAUUGGCCACGAUAUAUUUAUAGUAUAGAGGCUGCUAACCUUGAUCCAGGGGUACCUGGAUGUGUCAUCCGGGCUAUUGAAGGCAGUAUGAAUCGUGAUGACGUAGCAGUAACAGCCGUAGAUCAAUUCUCUGGUACUCUGACCUUGGUUGAGAAUGAGGAGUUAAUAAGCAACAUCAUAUUAAUCAAAUCAACCGACCCUGAGAAAAAAUUUCAGUUUGAAGAGCCUGUGGCUGUUGCAAUACCUCAUUGUCUACAGAGAAACAUUCCCGGUAGAGAACCAGUUAUCAAACAGCUACAGCCGAAUGGAAGGUGGGCGGAGCUCCCCACAAAUGACGUCAUUAUAGAAGACAUCCGCGAAUUGAAGUUUGUAGAGAUAAGAACACGACGAUUUGGGGUAUUUGCUGUAGUGCUGAGGCUUAAGAAGGACACGCUUACCUUUAUGAGAAGAGGAAACAAAGUUAACUCCACUGUUGAUGCUCGCAUAACCUUUACCUGUAAACCAGGAACAUUCAAAAACAACGUUUGCUUUACUAGUGAGGUACAAACACUGGAUGUCAACACCGUGACUGAUCUCAAUAAACGUUACCCCACCGAGUGUGGCAGUCUUCUCUCAUCUAGUCCAAUACUAAGAUUUCAAAUACCAAACCGGAAAUUUGCCAAACCUCUGACCUUGACACUGCCUCUACCACCUAAUACUGUCAAACAGAAACGCCCACAGAGUGUGGCUCCAGGAGCACUGAACAGAGAAAAAAUGGACCAACGAGAGCAGACUACCACACGACCAGUAUCAAGCAUGGGCUUCACCCCAAAAGAAGAUGAACCAGAAGAAGAAAGUCACUUACUUGUCCGCGAUGACAAAGGUCCGUGGAUGGUGCUGCCGAAAGUAAAUCUUGUCCAGCCUAAAAAUAAAGAUAUUGUCACUUUUGAUAUUAGAGAACCUCAUGACAGGUUUAUUCUUGUGAAAACCAAGCAAGGAAUAUCCCCAUUAUCCAUCGAGAAAAUAGCGAACCACGUGGAAAAAGCGAUCCAUCACAGAACAAUGCACGUUGUGUUGCGUCAAAGAAGCGACGAUCCAAACGAAAUAGUCAUGAUGUGCUGUCCAGCGAGCAAAACCGAGAAAAUCAUAAAGAAGCUGGGAGAAGAGGGAUUUGAUGAGGGACCACCACCAAGCAAGGACAUUAUUGUCAAAGAGGGUCAAAUAUUGACGGUUGGGUUCAGAGGGAACAUCCAAUGUGAUAAACAUGACGAGAUCAAAAUGGUAUUUAACACUUUCAUUCGUGGGAGGACAGAGUUUAGUGUGGAAGAAAUUGAUAAAUUUGCCCAGAAAAGUUUUCCUUUCUAUCGAGGAUUUGCGCAAGUGUUUACGAAGGUUCUCAUCCAGAGACCGGUGGUGGCCACAGAUAAAGCCAAGGCACCACCAAAACCUGGAGCAAUGGAGUGGGUGGAGGAGGACGUCCUGCUGACAGAACUUCUGAUCAAUAUUCCAAAGCCUGAGCCAGAACCACCAAAACCAUUGGCUACUGCUCCAAUAAGGGUCAGCGCUGAGGGGCCCAACAAGGAGGAUGUUCUGCAGUUUGUGGCAGGUGAACUGGGAGAUGAGUGGAAGAAACUGGCCCAGUACCUUUGUCUGAAGUCCGUUCGUAUCCAGGCUAUUUUAAGACAGAACAAUCAAAAUCCAGAUCCCAAGAAAAUCAGAUACGACAUGUUGGUAACCUGGGCCAAAAGAGUCCCACGAUGUUUAAAUAAGCUGGAGAUACUGGCGCAAGCUUUGAACGCUUGCGGAAGAGGAGAUUUAGCCGCAGAACUUCGGGAUCGAGAUGAGGAAUUUAGGCGGCGACGUGCGCUAUCAUUUAGAGAUAGCUACCUGAGGAGGGCUUUUGUUAAAGUUGCUCAAAACCCUGAAGCAGUUAAAGGAUGGAAGACCAUAGCUACACGACUUGGUGUUUCUAACGAUGACUUGACUGAAAUUGACCAAUCGGCGCCUUCGAUACAACAGAAAUGUUUCUCCAGCCUUCAAAGAUGGCAAAAGUCUGUCGGCGACGAAGCGACGCUGCCGAUAUUGUCAGAAAAAUUAAGAGUUUGCAAGUACAGACAGUUAGCAAGAGAUAUUGAAUCGAUCGCCUAGGUGUCUAAGGAUAUGUGCUUCACGAAAACUGCAUGACUCUCUCUGAUGGGAAACUGUCAAAAAAUUGUAUCAAUCUUAAGAAAUUCAAUAUUUGUAUAGAACAGUCUUUCAUAUUUAUCUGUUUAUUGUGAUAAAAAUUAGUCCCAUGUCUAUUCCUGUACUGCCAUUGAUCUACAAAUAUUAGUGAUUGUGUCAUGUAUAAGAUUUUAUAAAAUCAUAGACUGUACUGUGUGUAUAUCGAUAUACACAGGUACAUAUAUAAAGUGUAUUUAUUGGGGUAUUUUUACGUUUAAUUAAAUGGGCUGGAGUGGUGGAUGUAUAGAAUAUUCAUAUUACUAAAAUAUGUAGACAUUAAGUUAUAUAUAACUCAGUAUAGUAUAUUAAGAAAAUGGAAAAGAAUUGCAUUUAAUUUACAAAUGUUCACUUAUUAUAUAGAUAAUUUUUUACAAGAAAAA